AUGUACAGCACGCUUCGUGAGUGCUUGCUGGCGCACAUCGAGGAGAACAGGCCCGAAGCCGACAUCAGCACGUCGCCCUCGGCGCUCGAAGAGCUCUGCAACAUGACAAACCUGGCGAGGCUGCCGGACAUCCAGAGGGACGCCGAUGCCGAUAAGGUGGUGCCCUACAAAGCUGGAUCAACGUUCUACUGCGCCUUGUCCAACCUGAAGAUCUCGCCACACGAAUUUCAGAGGACGUACGACGAGUGUGCCAAGCAAUUCAAGAACCUCAUCGGAAAAUCCGACGACCAGGUGGACUAGAAGGCGCAGCGCCUUCUACCGAAAGGAAAGCAUGCAGUUGAACAACACUCGGGCUCUAUUUGUUCAUUAAAUUUUCGCAUAACAAAUAAAGACAUUUGCGCGCA